AAAAAAGUACUCCGUAUGAAUUUAGAAUAGAGCCACAGAGUGAUUUCCAUGGCUCCCGGCCUCCCGCCAUCCGCCACGUCUCUCGCUGGAUGCGCAUUAGACGGUGAACCUCCAUUUUCCCGCAGACCACUCCUGUUGAACAGCGGGAGAGAAACAAUGGAGGGAGGGAAGGGAGAAAAAGAAGCAAUUCCCUUUCCCGACUUCCGUUCCAAGAUUCACCCUCGCCGGCAGCGCAAAGAUGAGCGUGAUCGACAUUCUCUUCCGAGUCGACGAGAUUUGCAAGAAGUACGAGAAGUACGAUGUCGAGAAGCAGCGUUCCACCAACGCAUCCUCAGAUGAUGCCUUCGCUCGCCUCUACACGUCUUUCGAUUCACAAAUUGACCUUGCUCUCCAAAAAGCGGAGAUGGCAACUAGGGAGACAAACAGGGCCGCCGCUGUGGCCAUGAAGGCUGAGGUACGGCGUCUGAAGGCCCGAUUGUUGGAAGAAGUCCCAAAGUUGCAGAAACUUGCUCUUAAGAAGGUUAAAGGCAUCUCACAAGAAGAAUUAGCGAUACGUAAAGACAUUGUACUUGCACUACCUGAAAGGAUCCAAGCAAUACCUGAUGGAACAAAUGAUACAAGUUCAGCCAAGUCUGGGGUUCGGGGGGGUUCAUCGUCUUCUAAAAUCAUAACAAUCGAUUCAGAUGGGCCUGUUAGCGAUAGUUUCUUUCAGCAGUCUGAAGAAUCCAGCCAGUUUAGGAAUGAGUACGAGAUGAGGAAAAUCAAACAGGCUUGACCAAGGAUUGGAUAUUAUUUCAGAAGGUUUGGACACACUUAAGAAUUUGGCUCAUGAUAUGAACGAGGAACUGGAUAGACAAGUUCCAUUGGUUGAUGAAAUUGAAACCAAGGUGGACAAGGCAACAUAUGAUUUAAAAAACACUAAUGUUAGACUCAAGGAGACUAUUACUAAGGUCCGGUCCACCCAAAAUUUCUGUAUUGAUAUCAUUCUUCUGUUUGUCAUUUUGGGGAUUGCAUCCUAUUUGUACAAUAUAUUACAAUGAUGCACAUGGAGCUGUCUCAUGUUACCUUGUUUGGUCUAUCAUGGAUGUGCGAGGUACCUAGCCUCUGAAAGUGAACUCAUAUGAGAUGAUGUUGCUACUUGAGAAUACGAUUUUGUUGCGCUAACAUAUCUCGAUUCAUUAUUGAUUCUGGACUAUUCGAUUAUUGUGUUAUAUUCUGAUUCUGAAAGUUACCUGCCGGAAU